AUGAUGAUAAAUGAGACAGUUUUCUUCAAUACAUCUAUAAAGGCACUAAAGCUGCCUUCUUCUAUCACUAAUGUUUCUGAUUUCGCUUUCUAUGGAAUGUUUAAUUUGGAAAAAAUUGAUUUGUCAAAUACAAAAGUGACAAAAAUUUUUGAAAAUACUUUUUCUGAUUGUUUCUCACUGAAAUCGAUCCAUCUUCCAACUGAGUUAGCUGAAAUAGAGCAUGCCGCGUUUCUUUAUUGUUCUGAAUUGAGUUUUAUUUACUAUUGCGGCAAAAAUGAUUUUUCUCAGCACCAAAUCUUUUCUGUUAAGCCAAAAAUAUACGUUACACAAGAUUAUCCAGCACAUAGAUUUGGUAUGCUCAGAGUAAGAAGAUCUAAUAUUUGUUUUAGUAUGAAUUUUAGAAAUAAAUCUAAAAUUAUCAAAAUUGCUCCUAAAGUAGAGCCACCAAGACCCAACAAAAGAUGGCAGGAGUUGUUAUUAGAGAAUAGAGUUGAUGAAAACCCUAUUGAUACUGGUUUUAUCAUUAAAUCUGAUAAUGAUUUUGAAAAUGACGAAGUUGAAAUCGAACCUCCUUAUUCUUAUGAUGAAGAAGAAAGAGAUCCCACUCCAACUCCUCAAGAACCUUCUCGUAAGAAGCGAAAAGAAGAAAAUCAAUUUAAUCAUCAAGAUCAAGGCGAAAAUUACUUUGAUGACGAUGAGGAUAAUUCAGCGAAGUUUAUUUUGAUAUUUGUAGUGUUUGCAAUCGCUGUUGGAAUUCUUGCUUUAUUUAUGCAAGAAUUGAGGCCAAAACAGAUGAAUGCAAACGAUAUUGAGGCCAUGAACGCUCAGUCGAAUACUAAAAAGCAUAAGCAUUCUAAAAAGAGCUAUCCAGACUACGAUUCUUCAGAUUCAUUCCAAUGA